AUGAAUUUGGCCCUCAUUGAUCCGUUUGCAUUGGCGCAGGACUACCCGGAUAUAUUGACGGGGACUCUUAGAAGCGGUCAUGCGGCGUGCCUACGUUUCAAUCGUAAAGGGGAUUUUCUAGCUUCUGGAAGGGUUGAUGGUACGAUAGUUAUAUUCGAUGUCGAAACAAACGGUGUGGCGCGCAAGUUGCGUGGGCACAGCAAGCAGAUCCAGUCGCUAAGUUGGUCGCGAGAUGGACGAUAUCUCUUAAGCUCCUCCCAAGAUUGGAAAUGCGUUUUGUGGGACUUGAAAGACGGCUCACGGAUACGAACGGUUCGAUUCGAAGCUCCCGUAUACAUUGCAGAAUUGCAUCCAUUUAACCAUUGGCUCUUUGUGGCUUCGUUGUUUGAAGACCAACCAGUCCUCGUUGACGUUUCCUCCCCUCGGCCAAUCAAGCGUGUCCUACCCUCAGCACCUCUUCGACCACAGCCGGAAAAUGGAGAAGAAGUUGACCCUGCAGUAGCUGCUAAGCAAGCCGCUCAGGACGCAAAACAUUCAACUUGCGUCACUAUCUUCACCGCACUGGGCAAUCAUAUCCUAGCUGGCACAUCUAAAGGUUGGAUCAACAUUAUCGAAACUCAGACCUGCAAAACAAUCCAUUCCACUCGUCUAUGCAACGGUGUCAUAAUACUUCUACGCCUUGCAAACAAUGGACGUGAUUUACUUGCGAAUAGCUCCGACCGAGUGAUACGUACCAUCCUAAUGCCAGACCUUUCACAACUUGGCGUUAACCUUGAACCAGCUAAUAUCAAGCUCGAUAUAGAACACAAAUUCCAGGAUGUUGUGAACAGGUUAAGCUGGAACCAUGUUGCAUUCUCUGCAACUGGUGAAUUCGUAACUGCCUCCACCUUUAUGAACCAUGACAUUUACGUCUGGGAACGCAGCCAUGGCUCACUUGUCAAGAUUCUUGAGGGGCCGAAAGAAGAGUUGGGUGUCGUCGAAUGGCAUUCAAACAAGCCAAUGGUGGUAGCUUGUGGGCUGGAGUCGGGCGGCAUAUAUGUGUGGUCUAUUGUCACGCCGCAGAAAUGGUCUGCGUUAGCACCCGAUUUCCAGGAAGUCGAGGAGAACGUCGAAUACGUCGAGCGAGAAGACGAAUACGAUAUCCAUCCUGCCGAACAGGUUCAUCAGCGCAGGCUUGACCUUGAAGAUGAGACUCCCGAUGUUCUUACCGUUGAGCCCGUCAAGGGGGAAACGGGUGAUGACGGGCACGAGACAUUCCGCAUGCCUGUCCUCCUAGAUAUAUCAGACAGCGAGAGCGAAGAGGACAUUAUUGCAGUGGGACCCGGAACGAUGAGAAGACGCAGCCCUGGGUCCGGACGUGAGUGGAUGAACAAUGCAGCAGCUUCUUCUACCGCUGGUGGCGACGUUUACGAUUCUGACGGUCGUAAGCAGACAACGUCGAAUGGCGUUGGCAAAGCGCAGAAUAAAGGACGCCGGAGAUAA